UAACCUCUCCCCUUUGCUCCUGCAGGUUCACUAUGUCUGAAGGAAUCCUAAGUAAAGCCGCAACUAUGGAAAUCCCAAUCAACAGCAACGGGGUGUCCAGGACAUUAAAUGAGGAUGAGAGCUUAGAGCAGGACCUACAGCAAGUCAUGGUGUCUGGCCCUAACCUGAAUGAGACCAGCAUUGUGUCUGGCGGAUAUGGUGGCACAGCAGAGGGCAUUAUACCUACUGGCAGCUUGAAAGGACCUGCUGUGCAGUUUAACCCCAACUUCCUAGGACUAUGGUCGUUACCUGCAGAGGGACAAGGCUCCAUGUCAAAGCCGGGCGCUUCUCACACAGCGCUUACGUCAGAGGAACUGUCACGUGGUUUAGCUGUAGAGAAACUUGAUAUGAUGAAGAAAUGGGGAAUAAACACCUAUAAGUGUACAAAACAGCUUAUCUCAGAACGCUUUGGCCGUGGCUCUAGGACGGUGGAUUUGGAGCUUGAAACUCAGAUUGAACUCCUUAGAGACACUAAAAGAAAGUACGAGGGAGUCUUACAGCUGGCGAGAGCUCUGACCACUCACUUCUACAACCUGGUGCAAACACAGAGAGCGCUUGGGGAUGCAUUCUCCGACCUGAGUCAGAAAUCACCAGAGCUUCAGGAGGAGUUUGGUUACAACGCUGAGACUCAGAAGCUCCUGUGUAAGAAUGGAGAGACUCUUCUGGGGGCCGUUAACUUCUUUGUUUCCAGUAUAAACACUUUGAUCAACAAGACAAUGGAAGAUACCUUGAUGACCGUGAAACAAUAUGAGACAGCUAGGCUGGAGUAUGAUGCUUAUCGAGCAGACUUGGAGGAGCUCAGUCUCGGUCCCCGGGAUACGGCGACAGUGUGCAGGAUGGAGCUGGCCCAGCAAAACUUCCAGAUACAUCGCGGCAAGUAUGAGAAACUGCGAGGGGAUGUGACUGUGAAACUGCGCUUCCUGCAGGAGAACAAGGUAAAUAUGACACCGCUGUAUUAUAGCCCUGGUCACAGUUGUGAAUGUGUAAUGUGA